AUGGAGUGCAGCAACUCCCUAGGCCACGACGGCCCCACCAACGGGUCAGCAGCAGCAGCAGCAGCAGCAGCAGCGCCGUUUGCUGCGAAUGCAGCAGCAGAGUGCCCCCCAGCCGCCGACGGCGCAGCAGAUGCUGCAGCCGCGGGGGCCCCAGCGCCAUCCCCAGCAGCAGCAGCAACAGCAGCCCCAGCAGCAGGAGCAGCAGCAGCCCCAGCAGCAGCAGCAGCAGCAGCAGCAGGGCCUUGGAAGUGCAGCGUUUGCUUAGUAUCCAACGAAGCUUCGUGCGAUGUCUGCCCCUGCUGCGAGACGGGCAGAGACGGACAGACACAUGCGGCAAAGACAUCAUCAUUUCCUAGGGGCAGCAGCGGGGCCUCUGUCUUCUUAGGGGGUUCUACAGAUGGUGCUGCUGCUGCUGCUGCUCCUGCUGCUCCUGCUGCUGCUGGAGGCCCACGGAAGAGCGCAGGCUUUACACCAAUAUUGAAUACCGAUGCUACGCCCUUCACCCUCGCAGACCAGCAGCAGCAGCAGCAGCAGCAGCAGCAGCAGCCACGAGGGUUCGUCUUUAGCGUCCCCUCAGCUGAGCAGCAGCAGCAGCAGCAGCAGCAGCAGCCAAAGGGGUUUGUCUUUACUCCGCCGCCUUCUUGUGAUCUUCAGACCCAGCAGCAGCAGCAGCAAAAGCAGCAGGAGCAGCAGGAGCAGGAGGAGCAGGAGGAGCUGAAGAAUUUAGUGCAGCAGCAGCAGCAGGAGGAGGAGGAAGCAAAGAAGCUGCUGCUGUCUCCUGAAGCUAGCUGCAGCAAACCUACAGGUUUUUUGUAUAUGUUUGGGUCGGGGGAGAUGGAGCAGAUAGCUUUUUUAAAUGCAGAGAAAGAAGGCGGAGAAGUCAUACACCCUCGCCUUAUCCCUCUGCAGCAGCAGCAGCAGCAGCAGCAGCAGCAGAUGCAGGUGGUGAAGGUUUGCACCGGAGCGCUGCACACUGUGCUGCUGCUUGCUGAUAAUCGCUGCUGCUCCUUCGGCUGCAACGAUGAGGGGGCCCUCGGCAGAGAUUGCAAGGAUACCCCUCCUAAUGAACCCGGUUUUGUGGAUUUGACUGAUGUUGCUGCUGUUGCAUGCGGCGACUCGCACACUGCCUUCCUUACAAAGGAGGGCGAGUUGCUGCUGUGCGGAUCCUAUAGGGCAUGUGGAGAAGACCAUACAGCUGCACUGGAGAUAGGGGGCGGCGCUGUUUGGCUGUGGGGCAGCAACGACUUCGGACAGCUAGCUACGAGAUCUGCUGCUGCUGCUGCUUCUGCUGCUGCUGCAGCAGUGCUUGACGCGAGCGGAGAAGCAACAACGACAGCAGCAGCAGCAGCUGCUGCUGCAGCAACGGAAGAAGCUAUAGAAGAAAAACGGAGACUGCUGCGGCCAGCAAGGAGAUCUCUUGAAAGCCUGUGUCUGCCCGUGCAGGUUGAGGCCCUUACAGCUGUCUACUGCGGGCGCUGCACGACUUUUGUUGCAGCAGCAGCAGCAGCAACAGCAACAACAGCAGCAGCAGCAAAAGAGACACUGCUCUUCGGCUGCGGACGCAACACACAGGGCGAGCUCGGUCUGUGGCCCUCUCCACAGCAACCACAGCAGCAGCAGCAGCAGCAGCAGCAGCAGCAGGAAGCAGUAGUAUGUCGGGGAUCUCGCCGCUGCGUAGCAGCAGGACAUCCUCAGUUGCUGCCUUUAUGUGAGGGGAGUUGUGGGGUGCGAUUCCGGUGGGUGGGAUCGGGGAGCGAUCAUGCACUUGCGGUGUCUCUGUCCGGGUGUCUCUAUGCGUGGGGUGCGGGGCAAAACUAUCAGCUGGGAACGGGAGACGAUCCCACGCUCCUCCCGUCUCCCGCCAGGAUCCCACCCCACACCUUCAACCAAAGAUUUGUCUUACAGGCAUGCGGUGGGGCGCAGCACUCGGCGGCGUUGGUAUGGGACGGCAAGUACGCGGAGCAGCAGCAGCAGGAGCAGCAGCAGCAGCAGCGUGAUGGAGAAGUGCUGGUUGCUGCUGCUGCUGAGGAGACACCUGGUGCAGCAGAGAAGCAGCAGAAGCGCUCGAUUGAGGAGGAAGCAGCAGAAGACGCAGCAAGGCCGGCAAAGAAAGCAAAACAGGGAGAAGAGGCAGCGCUGGAGGUGCUAACACACCUGGAGGGUGCAGCAGCAGAGCAGCAGCAGACUGCAGCAGAAGAGCAGCAGCCAGCAGCAGCAGCAGAGGAGGGUAUGGCAGUAGAGGAGCAGCAGCACCGCGGUGGUGAGAAGAUGGAGGCAGCAGCAACUGCGGCAACUGCAGCAGCAGCGGCUUCUGCUGCCGCAGAGACGGCUGCUGCUGCUGCUGAGAGUGCUGCUGCUGCCGCCAGUGAUGCUGCUGGUGCAGCAGAUAUAGCAGCUUCGGCAGCAGAAACUGCAGCAGCAGCAGCAGCAACAGCAGCAGCUGCUGCAGGGGGACCAUCAGCAGCCCUCGACGAGGAAGAGACAAAAGAGAGGGAGGCAGCAGAUCAGGAGGAGCAGCAGCAGGAGCAGCAGCAGCAGGAGCAGCCUGCUGCUGCGAAGCGGCAGCAGAGACGCAGGAGUUCUGCGGCAGCAGAAGAAAAGGCUCAAGAGGAGCAGCAGCAGCAGCAGCCAGAAGAAGAAGGUGAGGCUGCUGCUGCAGAUGCAGCAGCAGCAAGCAGCAAGAAGAGUCGCGUUGCUGCCUCCGGCCGCAGGGCCUCCACUGCUCGUCAGGUGGCUGUUGCACAGAAGGCAGCAGCAGCAGCGAAGGAAGCAGCAGCAGCAGCAAAAGAAGCAGCAGAAGCACUAAAAGAAGCAGCAGCAGGUGCUGCCGCGGCCUCAUCGGGUCACAGCGACCAUGAAGGCGAAAGCAGCAGCAGCAGCAGCAGCAGCAAAGAGGCAGAAGAUGCACAAGAGGAAGAAGCUUCAGAUGGGGCAUCUGCUGCUGCUUCACCGAAGUCUCGCUCAGCAGCAGCAGCAACAGCAGCAGCAGCAGCAAAGAAGAAAGCACCUCAAACUGCAGCAGCGCGCGCAUCGGAGGCAGCACAGCCAGGGAAGAAAACAGCACCACGAGGAGCUGCUGCUAGCAGCAAGAGCAGCAGCAGCAGCAGGAGCAGCAAGGCUACAACAGCAGCAGCAAAGGCUAAGGGUAAGAGCACAUCUGCUGCUGCUGCUGCUGCUAAGAAACCCACUACAACUAAGAAGACAAUCAUGAAGAAGAAGGCACAGACUGCAAGAAAUGCAAAGACAUCGAAGUCUGCUGCUGGUGCUGCUGCAGCAGCACCUAAAGCCAAGAGCCCAGCUGCCCGUAGCAGCAGCAGCAGCAGCAGCAAAAAGAAACAGGCAGCCGCAGCGGGAAGCAAGACAACCCCACGCAGCAGCAAGCCUGCAGCAGGGCCCUCAAAAGCCAGCCCUAAGAAGCAGCAGCAGCAGCAGCAGGAAUCAGGGAAGAAAGCAGCAGCAGCUGCUGCUGCGAAGCGCAAUAAGAGCGCCAGCCCGCGAAAGAGCAGCAGCAGCAGCAGCAGCAGCAGCGCGAAGGGCAAGAAAUAA